AUGUCAUACAUACCAAAAAUAAUUAAAGUUAAGUUGUUACCUAUCGCCAGGUUUAGCUUAGACAAGAGCUCUAAACUGAUCAAAUUGCAAUAUGGGAUCCUUUUGUUCCUGUUUUCUGUGGUUAAUAGAACUGCACCUGCAAAUUUCGCUUCCUUCCUACAGGACUUGACCAAUAAGUGUGAAGCUGUUCUUGGGAGAAGAGGAAUGGAAAGCAUGCCUUGGCCUUAUUAUCAAGGUCCAAGCUCUUCACAACCUACAAUUGCACAAAGCAGUUCAUCUGGAUCUAGCAGUAGUGGCACCAGUGUGUCUUUUAUGAGACAUCAAAAAGGAUCAAUUUAUUCGCCAGGGGGAGUCAACCUUCAGUCAACAACAAGUGAAAAGGAAUCCAAAAAAGGUACCCCUCUCAUGGCUGCAUCAGAUAAAGUCAACACUAUUUCGGUAGAUGAUGAGGAUGUUUGCCCAAUAUGUCUCGAAGAAUAUACGAGUGAAAAUCCUCGGAUAAUUACCAAAUGCGCGCAUCAUUAUCACUUAAGUUGCAUCUAUGAAUGGAAUGAGAGAAGCAAAACAUGUCCAGUUUGUUCCAAGUUGAUGGUUUUCGAGGAGAUGGCUUGAUGCCGAUAUCCCUUUUGAGUUCACCAUAAAUGACUUAUUAAUAUAUAAAGUCAUUGCCAUGAACGAUGAUCAAGGAAAGGAGUUGAAGAUAAUAAGUAUUCUUGGUAACGUAGUACUUUUGCACAUAAGGACGGCUUCAACACUCUUUCAUGGGCAAAAUGGUAAAAUACAAAGAUUGAUACUUUUAUUACUUUCUUUGAUUUUAUUCCAAUUUUCAUUAAAUGGUAAAAAUCGUUUUUGGUUUUACCGGUUUCUUAAUUGUACAUAAAAAUGCGUGUUUGGAUUUGUUCUUUUAAUUAUAUAUAUGGGAGUUAUUUUGGAGUGGCAGUAAACAUGAAAAUAUGCAAUGUUCAUGGACUAGUUACCCGGUUAUUUCUUACAAUUGUAAAGGAUAAAACCAAAUACUAGGUCUUGUAUUGGAUUGUUGGGGUGUGAAAUAAACUAAAAACAAUUUAAUCGUUUUGAAAAACCGUUAGCAUGUUUUUCUUGUUCUUUUUGGAAAAGAUUAU